AUAGUCAAAGAGUCAAACUGACAGAAGUCACAUGUAAAAGGUUAUGUUUGUGACACAUUUGUGACAUUUAUAAUUUAUUGUUGCAAUGUGUUGCAAUUAAAAAUAAGCAUAGAUCAUCAAAUAAUGAUCUAUUAUCUCGGGAAGUACAUGUAGAACUUUUAUUGAAUUGGGUGAAUAAAUUUUUAGUGUAUUAGUUAACUUAAAGAAUUUGUGUUUUUGUGAUAAUGUCAAAUCCUGUUUCCCAAUGUGCAGACUUUCUUCAACAAUUAUCAAUAUCUACAAUUGUAAGUAAAAGCAGUACAGUGGUGCAUAUGGUAAACAAUCCAGCCAACAAUCCAGGUAGAGCAAAUGUGCAAGUACAGCAUGCCUCAAAUCAUCAUCGAGAUAGGGAGUUACAGACUGCUAAAAAAGUCAGAAGAAAACCAAGACAUAGGAAUAGACAUAAACAGAAAGACGACGAAGAUGAUGGUUCGAGGCACUCAGUAUCUUCAAAUUGUAGUCGUUCAUCAUCAAAUUUUAGAGAUUUACCAUCUUCUCCAAGUACCAGUGCUAAUAAAUCUACAAACAAUCCUAGACAAAGAUUACCAUCAGCUAGUACUAACACACCACCCCGUGAAGACACAAUACAAGUAACAUUCUCUAUUCAAGCUGUUACCACUAACACAAACAGUAAAAUGAUAAGGCAACGAAACGUUGAAGAUAAAUUUAUAAAUUUGAGGUCUUUCAUUGAAAGUAGGUCGUCCUCGUGUUUGUUUAUCACACCAUUUUUCAAGAAAUCAGCAAAUCGACAAAAGACAAAUAAAGUUAAUUGCCGCAAAUAUGCCAAGAAGGAAUCCAGAAGAGAAAGAAAGAAAAGAGAACAAGAAAGGGAACAGGGAACAUUCAGUGAAUAUAUGGACCAAAAAGAUAUUGAUGAAGGUUUAGCAAAUGGCACUUUAGUGAAAGGUUUUAUUAGGAUCAACCCUAAAAACGCUAGAGACUCAUAUGUUAAUAAUGAGGAUUCUAGUAUAGCAGAUUAUAACAUAACAUCUAUCAGUGAUAGGAAUAGAGCACUAGAAGGUGACCAAGUGGUGUUACAGGUCAUAACUAAAAAAGAAGCAGAUAAGAAAGAAGGAGAUAAGAAAGAAGGAGAUAAGAAAGAAGGAGAUAAGAAGGAAGGAGAUUCUAACCAAAAUCCAGCCAAGGUGGUUGCAAUACUACAAAAGAUUCAUUCAAGAACAUGUAUAGGUUUUCUAAAAUGGAUCGACAAUGAAGAAGGCACUUUUGCCCUCUUCGCUCCUAGAGAUAAAAGGUUUCCUCCCAUGAGGAUUUCAGAACUUUACUUACCGGCAGGUUUUAAGGACAAGCCAAAGAAGUUCGAAACUGUGUUAUUCAUGGGAAAGCUACUGGAAUGGGAAGUUCCCAGCUACGCCAAAGGUAUUCUGUUAGAGAAACUGGGAGAAUCUGGUAAUCUCCAAAUUGAGUCUUUGUCAAUUUUGAGAGAGAAUAAUUUAGAUAUAACACCCUUUAGUGAUGAGAUCGUAAAUAGCUUGCCAGAUCUUAAAGUUAUUCCUGAAAAAGAGUUUGAAUAUAGGGAGGAUUUAAGGAAAAAAUGUAUAUUCACAAUAGAUCCUGAGUCUGCAAGGGAUUUAGAUGAUGCUGUCUCAGUAGAAAGUUUGCGAAAUGGUAACCUAGAAGUAGGGGUUCACAUAUCAGAUGCAGCCUUUUACCUAGAAGAAGGUACAGAACUGGACCAAAUAGUUGCCCGAAAAGCAACUACGAUUUAUCUGGUCGAUAAAGCUUACCAUAUGCUUCCCAGUGAACUUUGUUUAGCUUCUUCCCUGCUGCCUGGUGAAGAUAAGUUGUCAUUUUCUGUAUUUUGGGAGAUGACCCAAGACGGGGAUAUUGUAAAUACAAGAUUUACAAGAAGCGUAGUUAAUUCUUGUGCUAAGUUGGCUUAUGAGCAUGCUCAAUCAGUUAUAGAAAACCCUGAUAAGGAGUUUAGUACCAAGGACUUUCCCCAAAUUUACAAUGGAUUUGAACCUAAAGAUCUGGUGAAUAUUGUUAAUAUUUUGCAAGGUUUAGCUGUAAAAUUAGGGGAGAAACGGAUACAAAAUGGUGCCUUACGAAUUGAUAAAGUAAAACUAUCGUUUUCACUUGAUCCUGUAUCAGGCGAACCCGUAAGUUAUUCCAUAUAUGAAAACAAGGAAUCGCAUCGUUUGAUAGAAGAAUUUAUGCUUUUGGCGAAUAUAUCGGUAGCACAAAAGAUCUAUGAUGAUUUUCCAGAAGUAGCGUUCUUGCGGUGCCAUGAACCGCCCAAAGUUACCAUGUUAACUGCUCUUCAAGACAAAUUGGCCAUGUACGGAAUGCAUUUGGACAUAUCCUCUUCUGGAGCCAUAGCUACGUCAGUCAAGAAGUAUAUGACUGACGAUUUUAUAGGUAAAGCUAGAGCGGUAGCCCUCAAUCACUUUACAUCAAAAGCAAUGAUACGAGCGCAGUAUUUCUGUGCGAGUUUUAAAACUGGCGCUGAAGAAUUCAAACAUUACGCUCUCAGUAUUCCUAUAUACACUCACUUCACCUCUCCUAUUAGAAGAUAUGCAGAUAUUAUGGUCCAUCGACUGUUGGCAGCCAGUUUAGGUUACACCAAUCCACCGAAAUGGGACGCACAGUACGUGGAGGCUAUUGCUACCAACUGCAACCUCCAAAAAUACCAAGCCAAAAAGGCGGGCGAUGCAAGUAUGGAUCUGUAUCUGGCGCACUACAUAGAAAAUGGUAAACCCUGUAAAGAAGAUUGUGUCGUCGUCGAAGUAAGGGAAGAUAAAAUCGACGUGGUGGUGUUAAAGACUGGAAGUGUUUUAAGAAUAUAUGCAAAUAGUUGCCCAAGCACUAUAUGGACCUACGAGGACAAAAAGCUGCAAGUUCAUUUCCUAAAGUACAACAAUUUCGAAGCCGCUACCAUUCUCAUUGACGUUUUUUCAGUAGUGAAGAUCACUAUACGAAGAAAAGAUUCCUACAGUUUAUACGGGCGUUUACUGAGGCCUCAGCCACCCGGAUCACCUGCGAAACAUAGAGGGGCUCAGAAUAGAAACCCAAAGAGUUCAGAGAAGCCUAAAAAACUGCGGCGCGAUAAUGAGCGUGCUGCAGCCUACAGACGUAGGAUGGAAGAAAAGAAGAAGAGUAAAGAGUAAAAGGCUAGACAGCUACGAUGUUGUAUUUAUACGUAGGUACUUAUCUACAUGAUGUUUUUUUUAAGAUUGAGUGAUAUGAUAUAUUUUUUACUUCAUACCGAUGUACAUACAUUUUUUUUUAUUUGACAAGUGUUACUCCAUUUUGAAGAUUUUUAAAUAUUGUGUACAUAAAUUAUAUGAUUACAUAUUAUACUAAAUCGUACUAUAAUAAAAUUUGCAGCUGGUGUUUACCAUA